UUGCUUUUUUAACAGCUUUAUUUUGACAAACCAUAGAUAGUGCCAUUAAGGAUCAUGCUCAGCCAUGUGCUGUUCUUUUUAUCCGUGUUACUGGCAGUGUUGUUGAUUCCUCGUGACUGGUUUGGAAAUAAAUCUCUGCGGCUGCUGACCACACGUGAGUUAUCGCUGUACGACGGUGAGGUCACCAGCAAGGGGCUCUACUUGGCGAUUCUGGGCCACGUGUUUGACGUACAGAAGGGGUACAAGCACUAUGGACCCGGCGGAGCCUAUCACCUUAUGGCAGGUAAAGAUGCCUCACUGGCCUUCAUCACUGGCGAUUUCACAGAAGGCAGUUUGACAGACGAUGUGUCCAGUCUAUCUCCUGUGCAGGUGGUGGCCUUGUAUGACUGGCUCGCCUUCUAUCAGCGGGAAUACCACCCUGUAGGCCGAUUAAUAGGCCGAUUCUACACGGAGAGCGGGCAGCCCACAGAGGCUCUUUUACAGCUGGAGGUGUUGCUGGCAGAGAGUCAGCAAAUCACAGCACAAACUCAAGCUCAAAGGUUACAAACACCAGCUUGUAACUCAGAAUGGAGUGCCGCCACGGGAGGACGGGUCUGGUGCUCGAGUAAGAGUGGGGGUGUGGAAAGGGACUGGACAGGUGUCCCCAGGAAGCUGUUCUCUCCAGGCUCCAGCAGCACUCGCUGUGUCUGUGUUAAAAUGCAGUCUGCAGGAGAGGAAAAUCCCAACCUGCAGGAAUAUGAGGGCUGCCCUCCACAUGCCGAGUCCUGUCCACUGGAAGAUUCUGAGGAGUAGACCAGAACACACUGACUCAAUCAUGUAGCUUGCUUGAGAACCCUUUUUUGUUUUUAUUUAAAAAAAAAAAAAAGAUGGAUUUGUCUUUUAACAUCAAAAGGAGGGAACUUAAGAAAGAAGCCCUGUUUUGUUUUCCCAAAUGAGGAUGUAUGUCACUGUUUAGUGAUUGUUUUUUCCACUCAGGACAAAAACAAAAAGUUAAUCUUUGCUGUGUUGUUUUAGAACACAAACACAUCACGGGCUAACCAGCAAAUUAAUGUCACUGGUUGGAACAAUGUGAAAACUGAGUAAACUACUUUUUGUUGCCACUUGACAGGCAAAAAUGUCACUACAUGUGUACAGUAGCACAGAGAGGAUACUACAACCCCUGGCAAAAAUUAUGGAAUCACCGGCCUCGGAGGAUGUUCAUUCAGUUGUUUAAUUUUG